GACGCAGGACGCUGUUGACGCAUACAGUAUGAGACAGCGUGCUGCUAUAGACGCCUUUGAGUUGGAGGGCAGAAAUCACGUGAGUUACUCUAUGGCAAGCAGCUCAGGACAAAUUAGUGUUCGCUAUAAAGUUUAGGCUGGAGAAUGACCCACUGAACAUUGAACUGAACAUUGUGUAUAAAGUGUGACUAUUACAGACAGGUGUGAGUGUGUAUGAACUGGUGCAGCCCAAUGUCUUUAACAUAAACUUGUGUCAUUUAAAGUGAAAUGUUGUCACACAGCAGGAAAUCAAUGUUGUGCCUCCUGCAUAGGCCCCUGGCCAGAAUCCCGCCUGCCUGUGCCAUGUCUGUGUCUAUGAAGGUCUCCCCCGGGCAUUGCCUGAUUGAUGAGCCCCUGAGGGUGUCUGUGUCAGGCCUGAGUCCUGGGCAGGCGGUGACCCUCCAGGCUGAAAUGACUGAUGAAGGUGGGGAGGCCUUUACUUCUUUAAGCAGGUAUCACGCAGGGAGCAGCGGGGAGUUGGAUCUGUCAAAGUGUCCGGCGCUGGAGGGAGGCCGUUUCACUGGGGUCGAGCCUGAGGGACCCCUGUGGGCUCUACAGCCCAAAAACCCACUCAGGAGGUUUCUACGGAAAGAUGUGCAAAACCCAAUACAGCUCAAGCUUUCUCUGUACCAGGACCAUGAACCCCUUGGGCAACUGCUGGCCACCAGCAGCCAGGAGAGGGGAUUCAUUGGAGCAGGAGUGAGCCGCAUCCCAGUGCGGGAGGGAAAGGUCCGGGGCAGCCUCUUCUUGCCACCAGGAGAGGGACCAUUUCCCGGUGUUAUUGAAAUACAAGGUACUGGAGGUGGCCUACUGGAAUACAAGGCUAGUCUUCUGGCUGCUAAAGGAUUUGCUACACUUGCUUUGGCUUACUAUGGCUAUGAAGAUCUUCCCAAGCAAAUGAAAAAAUUUCACUUAGAAUACUUUGAAGAAGCUGUAAAUUUCAUGUUGAAACAUCCCAAGGUUAAAGGUCCAGGGAUAGGACUUUUGGGCCAUUCUAAAGGUGGAGAUCUUGUCCUCUCUAUGACUGCUUUCCUAAAGGGCAUAACAGCUGCAGCUGUUGUUAAUGGCUCCCUUGCUAAUGUGGGUGCUGAUUUACAUUACAGAGAUAUUACUCUCCCUGCUAUUGGCUUUGACAUAAACAAAAUUAAAUUCCCCCAGCCCGGAGUGGCAGAUAUCAGCAAUGUUCUGAACAAUCCUCUUGAAGAACCUAACCGUGCAAGUCUAAUUCCUUUGGGCAGAGCAGACAGCAAGUUCCUCUUUAUUGUGGGCCAAGAAGACAAGAACUGGAAGAGUGAUUUCUUUGCCAAAAUUGCUUGUGAUCUUUUGACAGAGCAAGGGAAAGAAAAGCCAGAAGUCGUAUGUUACCCUGGAGCUGGCCACUACAUUGAGCCACCUUAUUUUCCACUAUGCAAAACCUCUAUGCACAGACUGGUGGGGUUUCCAGUGAUCUGGGGAGGAGAAAUGAAAGCUCAUGCCAUGGCACAAGUUGAUUCCUGGCACAGGAUUCAGGCUUUUCUCCAUAAACAUUUAGAUCAGUGAUCCCCAACCAGUGGCCUGUGAGCAACGUGUUGCUCUCCAACUCCUUUGAUAUUGCUCUCAGUGGCCUCAAAGCAGGUGCUUAUUUUUAAAUUCCUGGUUUGAAGGCAAGUUUUGGUUGAAUAAAAACCAUGUGUACUACCAAACAGAGCCUCCUGUAGGCUGCUAGCACAUAAGGAAUACCAAUGGCCAAUUGAAGUCUAUAUUUGGCACCCCCAGAACCUUUUGCAUGCUCUACAACUUUUUUUUUUUUUUUCAUUUGAAUAUGGCUCAUGGGUAAAAAAAAAAAAAAAGGUUGGGGACCCCUGAACUAGAUGCAGAAGGUGACAGACCUAGCAAGCUGUAACCAAGUGGGUAUUCCAAUCCGUAACCUGUGAUUGGUAGCCUACUUUUUCUUCUCUAGAAAGCUGCUACCUAAAAAGGUUGUCUAGUAUACAAAGGGCAAGGCCCAAGCCACUUUUUGUGGAAAUAGUUGAAUAUCUGUACUAUGCAAACCUGUGUCCCCCAGCUUGAUAUUUUGUUGCAACACACUGAUAUAUAUUGAAAUGCAUACAGCACUAAAUGGGGAAAAAUUGUCCUUAUUUAAUAAUUUUAUUUUAUUUUUUGAAAAAAACAUAUUCGUAAAAGUUGAAUAUUCCUUCUCAGAUGGAAAUUGAUAAGAGCUUAUAUAUUCCUUUACUUCAACUGACAAUGUAACUCAGUCACUGGUACAUUAAAUAUAUUUUAAGAUCAUAAAAA